CUCCAUAAAUUAGGAGUUUUGUUGGGUUUUUUUCAUGUUUUAGAUGUAACUUUUUAUGGCAGAUUCUACGGUUAUUUGAAAGUGGGAGUUUCCUCUUCUCCCUGUUAUCAAACCCUAAAACCAACAUCAGUCCUCCUCACCCAACCCAAACAGAGAGGCAUCAAGAAAAACAAGAUCGAGGAUAAUGAUUUAAAGGAAACCACAAUGCAGUUAACAAGAUCAUCAGCUCCUCCAUAUCUAAAUUUCCGUCUUCUGUUAGUAAUCUUACCUUGUUUUUCAUUCUUACUAUUUUUAUCUCUUUCUUCUAAUAAUAAUAUCUUUUCGACUUUUAACCCUCUCAGAAAUUGUCUUUCUAACCUUUCAUCAUCACCAUCAUCAUAUGCAUUACCUCCUCUUCCAACCAUAUUAAAUUCUUCCGAUAGUAAAUCCAUAUUAUUACGGUCAAGAAUCGCUGUUUGUUUAGUAGGCGGAGCAAGAAAAUUCGAACUCACUGGGCCGUCAAUAGCAGAGAAUAUAUUGAACGUUUACCCUAAUGCAGAUCUUUUCUUAAACUCUCCAUUAGAUAAAGACUCGUUCAAGUUUUCAAUUCUCAAAGACAUUGCUCCAAGAAUCGCUUCGAUUCGCAUUUUUAAACCGACAAAGCUAAACGAGACUGAUUUUCACCGGCGCGUCUUCACUCCAAACGGUUCUCCUAACGGCAUACAGGGUUUGCUUCAAUACUUCAGCCUUGUAGAAGGUUGCCUAACACUGAUCAGCGCCUUCCAAAUACAGAAUAACUUUACCUAUGACUGGAUCGUCCGAACCCGAGUAGAUGGCUACUGGAAUGCUCCACUUGCCCCAGAUAACUUCUUACCAAAUGAUCAUUACCUAGUCCCAUCAGGUUCAAGGUAUGGUGGACGCAAUGACAGACUCGGAAUUGGUAGUCUCAAUUCUUCAAAAGUCGCACUAUCUCGGUUCUCUCUAAUACCACAACUAGACGCAGCAGGGUUUCGUCAACUCAACUCGGAGACUGCUUUCAAAGCUCAACUCACUACUCAAGGUGUAAAGUUCUUUGAAAAUCGUCUUCCUUUCUGCGUAGUAAGUGCUCGCAAGUUCGACUAUCCACCAACUCGGUAUGGUCUCCCUGUUGCAUCAAUGUCGAGCCCGGGUCCACUCAGCGGGGCAUAUUGUAGACCAUGUACACCUGCUUGUGCUGGUCCAUGUGUGGCUGAUAUUAUGGACAUUCUAGCAAUAGGAUGGAGUAGGCUUAAUGCGGAAAAUGGAACGGUUCAGCUUUGUGAUGCUCAUGAUGAGUGGGAAUCCGGCUGGGAGAAUGAUUUUGACCGAUUUGUAGGAGAGAAGCUCGCGGAGCUCAGGAAACGAGUUAACGAGUUGAAAUUCGAAAAAUGUGUGAAUGAUUUUGAUGAGAUGAAGAAACGGACUGUUAAUUGGGAUGCUCCAGCUGCUAAACAGAUUUGUGGAAUUGCUUCAAGACGUUAGUGGUAUUUAUUUUUAUAUUUAGUUUCCGAGUUAUACAUUAUGAACAUGAAUCUAGAAGGGUGCCUUUUGGGUCGCAAGCCCCCAUAAUAUUUUUGAAAUUAUACAUAUUAGAAUACAAAUUUCAAGGCCCAAGACUAGCCUGCUGGCUACAAAUAUUAGAAUACAAAUGGUUGUAUC